GCGGAGGUGGGGUUGACAGGCAGACAGUGGGGCCACUCUCCGUUAAACCGGAGAGCCCUUUUUGGGGGGGUGAUUGAGGGCACCCUGUGUGACUCGAGCUGGCCCUCGGCUGGGCUUAAUGUGUCUGAGCAUCCCGCCGGAUUUUAUUUAUAACGGACGCGAAAAUUGGAUGGGACGCACACGCGGGCAAAGACAAUCCCGGAAAUAACAUGCGUACUCUCAGACUGUCACGUACGCUUCUCUGUGGAUUUGCAUCGCAAGCUGCCGGAGACAUCCUGCACGGCCUCAACAUGUCCAUAGGACGGACACAAAUAAACACUCCGCUCCAGAGUAUUAAUCAGUAGCCUGAUUGGUGGGAUAAAGACCAGCAGAGGAGGAGGACUCGGACAUGAAACUUCCAGUGGCCGCGAUAAAGAUUUCUCUCCAUCAGAGAAAGCAGCGGCUCAGCUAGAAAAUGAAGCGAGGACGUGAGCUACGUGCGCAUCCAGCAGAUGACGAGGUGAAAUGGAGAGCUUGGGACACACGGACCUUUUAAACCCAAGCUCUGAACGCGGACCGCAGGAGAGACGGACGGGAGCGGCAGAGACUCACCACCGCACCUACCGAGCGGACAUGGGGCUCAACGGGUUCUGCGCGGCGCCGACCGCGGCGGAGUUACUCGCGGGUCUGGCCUCUCAGACCGACUCCCCUGCCAUCACCACCCCGACGAAGCGGUCCAAAACCGGCGUGCCGCUCUACAACGGCGGCGGGGUGGUGUCUCCAUCCGCCACCGUGGAGGGGAGCCACGCGAACGCUUUGGCUCACACGCCGAACGGUUACCCGGAGCACCUGGAGCACCUGGAGGGGGUGACGGGUGGCCCCAUGUACCCCCUCACCAGCAGGGCAUGUCUGAUGGAGAACGGAGACCGGACGGCGGUUCAUGAGAAGUGCCCUUUACUGGUGAGGAGGAUCAACAGCGACCUGAAAGCCAGACAGGUGCAACAACAGAAGCGGAGAGGUGGGGAGAACAGGGCCACGGGGUCAGGGACUCUUAAUGGUCUCAUGAUGGGGUCAUUGGGGUCAGGGAGUUCUGUGGACCAGGUUUUCGCUCCGGGAGACUCGGACUUUAAGCGGAGAAGGCUGGCAGAUGGAAUCGUUGCUCACAAAUCCUCAGAGGCCUCCAGAGUGGCCCGAGGAGUUGUCCCGCUCGCAGACGCAGUCAACUGCAGCAACGGUUCCGAUCAAACGGCUAUCAAUCAUGUGCACUGUGUCACUCCCCAAUCUCCCUUCACCCCUCACACUAACCAGCACAACGAACAUAAAGUGGCCUCCUUAGGCCCACCAGCUGCACCCGGCCAGACGUCCCCCGUCGAGGCUAACUGCAUCCCGACCCCGCCGUCUCCUGCAGGGACCGGCUGGUCAGCAGAGCACAUAGCCCAGCAGUACAUUGUCCCCUGCAUGAAAUACCACGGCAUCUGUGUGAAGGACAACUUCCUGGGCCCUCAGCUGGGCGGCGGGGUCCUGGAGGAGGUAGAAGUCCUAAACCGCAGCGGGAAAUUUCGGGGCGGGCAGCUGGUGAGCCAGAAGAGCAUUCCCUCUAGGAACAUCAGGGGGGACCAGAUCGCAUGGGUGGAGGGACGAGAGCCCGGGUGUGAGCGCAUCGGGGCGCUGAUGGCCUACAUCGACGAGGCCGUCAUGCACAGCGCUGCCAACGGACAGCUGGGGGACUGUGUCAUCAACGGACGCACUAAGGCUAUGGUUGCUUGUUACCCAGGAAACGGGGCGGGUUACGUCCGACAUGUUGACAACCCGAAUGGUGACGGACGCUGCAUCACAUGUAUCUACUAUCUCAACAAGAACUGGGAUGUCAAGAAACAGGGAGGGUUGCUGCAGAUCUACGCAGAAGGCAGAAAUGUGGUAGCCAACAUCGAACCUCUGUUUGACCGGUUGCUGAUCUUCUGGUCCGACCGCAGAAAUCCACACGAAGUCAAGCCAGCCUACGCCACUCGAUAUGCCAUCACAGUUUGGUACUUUGAUGCCAAAGAGAGAGCUGAAGCUAAAGAGAAGUACAGAUUGGCAACAGGACAGAAAGGUGUUCAAGUGCCUGUCACCCAAAACAGCAGGACAUAAAUCUCAUCUAAUCACUGGAGAGCACUCUGAAAGUAUUACGUGCCUUCCUGAACUGCUAAUGAACAUCGCGAUCAAAAAGAGAGAUAUCAUAAAUCUGUCAGUCAUCAAUGCAGCUCAAUGCUGUCUGCUGCCAGAUUCACUUUACGGGCAGGGAUGUUUCCGUGCCAUGUGAUCAGGCUGCUGAUCAAAGACAUAGAGCACAAUGGACUGGAUUGUGUGGCGAAGGUGAGAUCAGAAUUACGCAUCGUGGCAAAAAAAAGAAGAUAACUUUAUGUAUGAAGACAACAAAUUGAAAAAAACAGACUCCUUCAUUUUAUUUGUUGCAGUUUUGCCUGUUCAGCUAACAGCGAUGUUGUUGAGUAUUGAGAAAGCAUUGUUUUUCUCUGCUCUAGUAUCAUUUUUUCAGUUCAAACACAAGAAGGAUAAAUCAUGUAUCAGUGAACAGACAGUGGGGUAAAAAAAAAGCUGCAAGGAGUUGAAAUCAAUGGUGUUGUCCUCCCCUUUCCGCUAGUCUAUUAUGUGGUCCCUCUUGUCCGUGCCCGAUCCGUUCUGGCGGCAAUAUUACGAAUCCUACUUUUGUGAAGGUGUUCUGGCCAUACUACCAACUUUUUUUUAAUAACUGUAUUGAAGUGUUUUCUUUGAUUCAAAAAUAAUACAAUGUUGUGUUACAUCAAAAUCACUGAUAUUCAAUAAAUUAUUAUAGAUAUUUUUUCAAUGAAUUGUUAAAAAUGAUUAGAUUUUUUUUUUCAAUCAUAAAAUGGCAAAUUCAGAAAAAUGUAAAUGGAAACACCAAAUUUGGAAAAAAUAUAACAGAAUCUGGAAAAAAGGGAAAAAUAAGUUCAGAGGGGCAACAGAUGGGGCCGUUGUCAAUGUGUUGCAAUAACAAGCCAUUUAGAAGUCAAUACAAUACCAUGAUUCUUUAUUCAAUAUCACAAUAAAAAACAAAAGUAAAACAAUGAAUCCCAUGUACUUGAACAUUAUUAUUGUUUGGAUCCAGCCUUAUGCUCCGACUCGUAACAUUACAGAAACACACUUAAAACUUGCAUGAAGACAACUCUACACUGUAGUUCAACUCAAUAUAGCACACUAGUUAGAAUUCAAUUAGAGUUCAAUAAGUAUUUCUGAACUUUAUUACAAUAUCAGGCUAAGACUUAAAAAUAUUUGACAACAGCCUCACAAAGGCUAGUGCAGCAAAAUCUCUGAAUACUCGAACAUGGAAGUUUCUUUUUUUUUUUUUUUUUUUGGCAAUGUUUGAAGCUGAUAUAAAGACUGCACCUCGACUACACAAAGGUUUUUCUACAUAACUGAUGAUGAGUUCGCUCCGUAUGACACAGCUCACACUGACACAGACAAGAGACAAGCUUUCCAGUGAUGGGGGUCAAAACAGGGUUUGAUGAAACUGUUUGUUUGUUUGUGUGUGUGUGUGUGUGUGUGUGUGUGUGUGUGCUCAUUAGCCUGUAUGAACAUCCAGCUUGACUUUUAUCUGUUUGUUAAACGAUGGAACCAGUAUGUAUCAGCAGUGUAGGCACUGUCAGACCAACCUGCCCAAACAAAAGACCGUCUACAGAAUAAAGCACAGAGUUAAUCAUAUGCUUAUGUGAACUGCAGGGUCAAACUAUCAUGUGUGGGAUCGAGUGUUUGUGUUUAAAAAUGUACUUGCACAUGUAUGUUUUUCCACUGUCUCAAUGAGGUUGGCAGGAAUUGUCUCAGUGUAUUCUAGAUUGGUGAACUAGCACUUUAUUGUUUGAAAUACCGUGCGUGAAUGAAUGUAGAUUAAUGCCUUUUAUGCUGUGGAUUAUAUGGUCAUUCAAACGCAAUAGAAACUAAAACAAUGAGAACAAAUGGAAAUUGUUUUCCUAUUUUAUUAUUAUUGGGUUUAUUUUCAUUUUGGAGUAUUUAAUUAAAACCUGUCUG